CUAAAAUAAUGGAAGAAACAGGCGAGCAAUUGCAUCCCAAUUGGCGUGCUUUAGCUACAGUACAUAUUCCACUAAAACGUUUCAUCAAAGAAGGUAGUCAUGGACAACAACAAGGUACGCUCAACAGCUCACAGCAAAAAUAUGAAGUUACUGGCAUUGAUGGUGAUGAUAUAAAAGAGUUUUAUCAGGAACUAGUAAAAACUGAAAAAACAAAUAAUCAAACUAGAAAAGAUUUAAAUACCAAUCAAGUGAAAAGCCCUCCUCAGCCAACCAAACCAAAUCCAUCGAAAACUCCCUUUGAGGUUAGAAAAUAUUUUCGCUUUGCUUUGGAAAAUAAAGUGGAGGAAUUGAAAAAAAUGGAAUUUAAAGGAAAAAAUAUAAAUGCAUGUGAUAACUAUGGUUGGACAGCUCUAAUGAUGGCCAGUUGUGAGGGAUCCUAUGAAGCAGUGAAAUAUUUAUUAAGUUUAGGUGUCGACAGAAAUAUAAAAGAUAAAUCCGGGAAGACAGCCAAAGAUUUGGCUUAUAAAAAAGGCUACCACAAGAUAAUAGAACUAUUGGAAAAGGAAGAAAACGAAGAAAUAAAUAAAAAUUGUGAAUUAGCUAAAAUAGAAACUAUAGAACCAUUUUUCUGUGAAAUUUGUAAACAAAAUUUUAAGGAAACUUCUCAAGUUAAACAUCAAACUUCUACCAUACACCAGUUUAAUAUGAAAUCAAAUUUGCCCCUGAACAAAUUGCAAAAGUUUAAUAUACCAGCACGCAAUAAGGGUUUACAGUUGAUGGUUAAACAGGGCUGGGAUAAAGAAAGCGGUUUGGGACCCUCACAAGCCGGCCGUUUAUAUCCGGUUAAAACGGUUAUACGAAAACAGCGCACAGGUUUAGGCAUAGAGCAGGAGUCAGCUCGUGUCACACAUUUUGAGGCCUACGAUCUUAAAGCUGUACAAAGGCACAACUCAGAUUACUAUAGGAAACAACCUAGAAAUCGUAAUGAUAUUAGACGUGAAAAAGUCAGAGAAUGGAAACGUGAUAGACGUUUAAGAAAUGAACUGAACUAAAUAAGACCCACCAAGAGGGAAAGUAUAAGCUUUUGCUGGCCUGUUUUUCAAAACUAAACUUUUAAUGCUUCUUUUUAAAAAACAAAAAUCUUAAUCUCUUCCCCAACU